ACAGUCGAUCUGAGUCUAGCUUUAAGAGAAUUGUUUAUGUGUAUUCAUGCUUUUUCAGCUUAUAUUUGAUACUUAUGAAUUUUAAUAUAGUAACAAAUACAAUAAACUUAAGUAAUGUAUAAUUCAAUUACCUUUUUUAAUGUAUGAAAACAGGACCUCUGGCUUAACUGCCUUUUACGAGAAGACAAUGUAUGCACAAUCCCAAAUGUAAAGAACCAGGUCUGUACACCAUAAAUCCCAAGUUUAUCUGACCUUGGUUCAAACCUGGUUCUCUUGCUUGGGAGAUGUAGCCUGUUCCAUUGAGCUAUUGCACCACGAAUAUAACAUUAUCUGUCAUACCAUUCUUCAACCUUUGGUAUUCAAGAAUGUAAUGAAUAAUAUUUAUUAUUAUUUUGAUUUUGUCUUUGCUAGCCAUGAUUUACAUAUCAAGAAGCUCCCAUGGCAAAGUCCACCCUCCAUCCACCCCUAGGUCCUCUUCAGACCACUCCCAGGGGUAGAUAGAGGGGAUUGAACUGGUGUCUACUGAGUAUAAUGUGAGGAGUGGGAUAAGGCACGCAGGCUACAAGAAAAGAUGGAAGCUAAUCUUGAGAAUACUCGGGAGAGAAUGGAUGAACUAGUUGCAUUACUAGUGUCUGCGGGCAUGAUGGAUGACCAGCCACUUCUCUCUGCUAGAAAAACGUCUUCUGAGCCAUCACAAGCAUGGGAUGUCUCCAAACCCACUGGGCCUUCUUAUAAGCAGUCAAAAUCUUACAAAAACUCAACUACAGUCACAACAAAGAGAUCACAAGCCUCACCAUCUUCCUCGUCCUCAUCUUCCUCAGUCAACAGUACAGCGGGGUCUUCAAGAACAAAGCCUGCAAAACCUGCACCAAUGGCUGCACCUCGGCGAUACAACCCACAGGCCAAUCGCCCUCCAAGAUCUGUUGCUCACAAGCGCUCGGACAAGGCCAAACAAAGCUGUGUGGAUGAACAGAAAAAGAAGAUAUCACACCUCAAGGGAAUAGACCCCAAGUUAGCAAAUAUUAUCAUGGAUGAAAUCUUAGAAAGUGGUCCAGCAGUUCAUUUUAGUGAUAUUGCUGGUGUCGACAAUGCCAAGAAAGCUCUUCAGGAGAUUGUUAUUCUACCCUCUUUAAGGCCUGAGCUUUUUACUGGGCUACGUGCACCAGCGAGAGGACUUCUACUAUUUGGCCCUCCUGGAAAUGGGAAAACCAUGCUGGCUAAAGCUGUCGCUAGCGAAGCAAAUGCAACGUUUUUUAACAUCAGUGCUUCUAUUCUCACAUCUAAAUGGGUUGGAGAAGGAGAGAAAUUAGUCCGUGCAUUAUUCGCAGUUGCAAGAGAACUGCAACCUAGUAUUAUAUUUAUUGAUGAAGUAGACUCCCUUCUGACUGAGAGAAGAGAAGGAGAGCAUGAACACAGCCGACGACUCAAGACUGAGUUCCUUGUUUCAUUUGAUGGGGUUGUUGGGGACCCAGAGGAACGUAUUCUUGUGAUGGGCGCCACUAAUAGGCCGCAGGAGCUUGAUGACGCCGCCCUACGACGUAUGGUGAAAAGAAUUCACAUCCCACUCCCAGAUAAGGAGACAAGGAAAGUACUUCUCACCAAAUUGCUGGCAAAGCACCAUAACCCACUCAGCGGAGCGGAACUAGACCGCCUUGCAAGGAUGACGGAGCAUUAUUCUGGGAGCGAUUUGACUGCCUUGGCACGUGACGCUGCUCUCGGGCCUAUCAGAGACCUGAACUCCGACCAGCUCAAAUCCAUGGCUGCCAAUGAGGUGCGUAACAUUACGUUCCAAGAUUUUGUCAACUCGCUGCAGAUUAUCCGGCCAAGCGUGGGUCCCGAAACUCUCAAAGCUUACGACGACUGGAACCGACUGUACGGCAGCAACGCGUAGCUAAACGGGGGCUUGGGCCGAGGAAACGGCCAGUCAAGUAAAGAACUCGCCAUUUUUAAAACAAGUAGGAAACUGAGUUCGAGAUUACGGCGAAAAGAAUUGUGGUAUCGCUCAGCUUGAUACAAAGUGGACGUGUUUUAGAAAAGCAACUAAAAAUAAAUCAGGUAGGAAAAUGAUUUCGUAAGCCCUUUAAUUUAGCUUAGAGCGGGGUUAAGAAGUAUUGUAAAAUAUCUUGAUAAAUACAGAUGGAUUUAAUUUUGUCCAUAUAGCAGUUGAAUUACCAAAUAACAGGUCUGCCCGAGGAAUGUAUAUCAAAAUAAAAGCCUUAAAAUAG